UAUGGCCCCUCGAUCCUGGACGAAUGGCGCCGAUUUUCACUUCAAAUUUCCUCGUACCUUGAGCGGAGAGCGUAUAAAUAUCGCAGACGGUGAGUUAGAAGGACUUCCAGCCCCCUCACGAUCCUCCGAAGCUCGAAGGGUCACUUCCUUGUCUCCAAACACGCAUCCCUCGCUUCCUAUACAUUCCUUUACGGUAUCACUUGGGUGUUUCUGUUGAGGUUGUCUGACGACUCUCUUGUCACCGAAACAUUUAAGGGCCCUUCUGCUCUCGCUGCUCUACACAUUCAUUACCCCACCUCCUCUCAUCGACAUGAUCUUCCCUUUGAGCUUCUUGCUUGUCGGUGCUGCCUUCGCCAGCGCACUUCCUGACCCCACAUCGGUUCUCAACGAUCUGGAUUGCGAGUCGGGUAGCGACCUGGUCGCCGCCAGCUGGUACGCAGGAUGGCACUCGGCCGACGUUCCGCUCUCUGGUGUCAGUUGGGAGAAGUAUACGCACAUGACGUAUGCCUUCGCCGAGACGACUCCCGAUCCACACAAGCUGUCUCUCGCUAAUUCUGACGAGCAACUCUUGCCAGAGUUCGUUAAAUCGGCUCAUGAACAUGGAGUCAAAGCUUUGGUAUCCAUCGGCGGGUGGACCGGAGGUUUAUACUUUUCUUCCAACGUCGGGGACGCCACCAAUCGCACGAUUUUCGUCAACACUGUGAUCGACAUGGUGACGACAUACGGCCUCGAUGGUAUCGACAUCGACUGGGAAUACCCCAACAAGCUCGGCGUAGGCUGUAAUGUCGUCAGCCCAAGCGACACAGCCAACUUGCUUUUCUUCCUGCAAGAGCUUCGUGCCCACCCUCUCGGCUCCACCUUGAUUGUCACCGCUGCAUCUUCGAUCUCGCCGUGGGUCGACGAGAAUGGCAAUGCCUCGACCGACCUGAGCGGCUUUGCCUCCGUCCUCACCUACGUUGCCGUCAUGAACUACGACAUCUGGGGCUCCUGGUCAAAUGCCGUCGGCCCUAACGCUCCUCUUGACGAUGCUUGCGCCUCUCCCGCAAACCAAGCUGGCUCGGCUACGUCGGCCGUGCAGGCGUGGAAUGCAGCAGGCAUCCCGCACGACCAAAUCGUUCUCGGUGUACCUGGCUACGGACACUCGUUCCGUGUCAGCACAGCCGCUGCCCUCCCAAACGGAGCUGACGGAGCCUUGGCGAGCUACCCUGCCUUUAACAAAGCGGACCAGCCCCUGGGUGACCGCUGGGACGAUGCGAACCCCGGACCAGACGUCUGCGGGAAUGCACAGGGCGCAGGAGGAGUGUUCAACUUCUUCGGCUUGGUAGAGGGUGGGUUCUUGAACGACAACGGGACUGUCGCUGCAGGGAUCGCAUAUGCAUUCGACGAGUGCAGUCAGACUCCGUUUGUCUACAACUCGACCUCUCAAGUUAUGGUCUCCUACGAUAAUGCCGAUUCAUUCGCUGCCAAGGGCAAGUUCAUCAACACCCUUGGUCUGCGCGGAUUCGCCAUGUGGGAGGCCGGAGGUGAUUUCAAGGACAUCCUCGUCGAUUCUAUUCGCUCGGCUUCCGGUUUUGCUUGAAGCCCUUGACGGUCAAGCGCUCAUCACUACACAUCAUGAGAUUAUCUUACAACCAGUGUCCUUAUAAUAACUAUUGCUAUUGUUUAAUCGAUGCUGCGUUCAUUGUAAU